AUGUUUGAUGUACGAAGCGUCAGAGGCAAGCUGAGUGGGGAGGUCAGUGGAGAGGUCAGUGGGGAGGUCAGUGGAGAGGUCAGUGGGGAGGUCAGUGGAGAGGUCAGUGGGGAGGUCAGUGGAGAGGUCAGUGGAGAGGUCAGUGGGGAGGUCAGUGUGGAGGUCAGUGGGGAGGUCAGUGGAGAGGUCAGUGGAGAGGUCAGUGGGGAGGUCAGUGGAGAGGUCAGUGGAGAGGUCAGUGGAGAGGUCAGUGGAGAGGUCAGUGGAGAGGUCAGUGGGGAGGUCAGUGGAGAGGUCAGUGGAGAGGUCAGUGGGGAGGUCAGUGGAGAGGUCAGUGGAGAGGUCAGUGGGGAGGUCAGUGGAGAGGUCAGUGGAGAGGUCAGUGGAGAGGUCAGUGGAGAGGUCAGUGGAGAGGUCAGUGUGGAGGUCAGUGGAGAGGUCAGUGUGGAGAGGUCAGUGUGGAGGUCAGUGGAGAGGUCAGUGGAGAGGUCAGUGGAGAGCCCUUGUUUCUGUCUGCUCUUCACCCCAGUGCACAGGGUCUGGUCCUCCGAAGCCUUCAAUGUGGGAACUGCGGACGCCAAGGUCUUCUCUGGGCCUGCUAACGAACAGUUUGGCUAUACUGUCCGACAACUAACCAACCAUCAAGGCAAAUGGCUCCUGGUGGGCGCUCCAUGGAGUGGCUUUACCGGUAACAGGAAGGGAGAUGUUUAUAAGUGCCCCGUAUCCGGCUCUAAGACCAGCUGUGAUAAGCUCAACAUCCAGGACUCCAUCAAUAUUCCAGAUGUGAGAAAUAUCAACAUCAACAUGAGUCUAGGUUUGACUCUCACUCGUAUGCCCACAAUGAGUGGAUUUAUGACAUGCGGUCCGUUGUGGGCUCAGAGGUGUGGUAGUCAGGUCUUCUACCCAGGUGUCUGUGCAGGGGUCAGCCCCCUCUUCAAACCUCAGCCUGCCUUCUCCCCUGCUGUACAAACUUGUGGGGGUCCGAUGGAUAUAGUGAUAGUCUUGGAUGGCUCCAACAGCAUUUACCCAUGGACACCAAUUAACGACUUUCUCAAAAAACUACUUCCUACUCUAGACAUUGGUCCACAGAGUACCCAGGUCAGCGUUAUUCAGUAUGCAGUGUCAGCACAGUUUGAAUUCAAACUGAACACUUUCAAAACCAAAGCAGAAGUUCUGUCUGCAGCCUCGGGUAUCACUCAGAUGUAUGGUCGUGCUACCAAUACCUUUCAUGCCAUCCAGUACGCCAGGUCAUGGGGUUUUCAUCAGGACAAUGGUGGUCGUCCCGGGGCAGCCAAGGUGAUGGUCGUGGUAACCGACGGGGAGUCACAUGACGAGGCCUUCAGAGAUACGGUCAUCGGAGAAUGUGAGAAGGAAAAGAUCAGGCGCUUUGGCAUUGCUGUACUGGGUUAUUACAUCAGAAACAACAUUGACACCAAGAACCUGAUUGCAGAAAUCAAAUCCAUUGCUAGUCUGCCCACCGAGAACUAUUUCUUCAACGUGUCAGAGGAAGCUGCCCUGUCAUCCAUCGCUGAAGCACUGGGAGACCGCAUCUUCAACAUCGAGGGCACUGGGAAAGGGGGAGAGAACUUCCAGAUGCAGAUGUCCCAGGUGGGAUUCAGUGCUCACUACUCCAGCAAGAUGGAUGUGCUGAUGCUGGGGGCGGUGGGAGCGUACGCGUGGAGUGGGACGGUGGUCCAUCAGAAAGGCCAGCGGGCGAACAUCUUCCCCCUGUCAGCGUUCGAAAGGACCCUUCAGGACAGGAACCACAGCUCAUUACUGGGUUACUCUGUGACCACCCUGAGUUAUGGACAGGCAGAAUAUUUUGUUGCCGGGGCUCCUCGCUCAAACCACUCUGGCCAGGUCAUCGUCUACACUGUCACACCCUCAAAACAAGUCACUGUCAUGGACUCUGAACGAGGGAAACAGAUCGGCUCGUACUUCGGCAGUGUGCUGUGUCCCCUGGACGUGGACAACGACGGUACGUCAGACAUCUUGCUGGUCGGAGCUCCCAUGUUCAUGAACGACCUGAAGCAGGAGCAGGGGAGGGUCUACCUUUUCUCCGUUACCAAGGGUAUACUGAGUGAGCAGGGCUUCUUGGUUGGUCUGAGCCCAGGGGAGAAUGCCCGUUUUGGGACGGCCAUCUCUGCUGUGCCCGACCUGGACCAGGAUGGCUUCUGUGACGUGGUGGUCGGGGCGCCGCUGGAGGACUCAGGGAGGGGCGUGGUCUAUGUCUACAACGGAGAUAAGAAGACGCUCCACAAACAACACUCACAGAGAAUCCUUGGGUCGAAGUUUGACUUUAUGAUGCAGUAUUUUGGGCGGUCUCUGGACGGCUAUGGGGACAUGAAUGACGACACCAUACCUGAUAUCUCCGUUGGGGCUCAUGGGAAGGUGAUCCAGCUCUGGUCUCGAGGACUGGCUGCGGUGACGGCCAAGGCUUCUUUCUCCCCUGAUAAAAUCAACAUCCUGAGUAAGCCUUGCUUGAUAAACGGACAGAAGCUCUCCUGUUUCAAGACGGACAUCUGCUUCAGCGCAACAUUUAGACCAAUGAACCCUGUGGGACCCCUAACUGUCAAAUACAACCUAACUCUGGAUGCUGACCUGCAGUCGUCCCGGGUCAACUCACGAGGCCUGUUCAGUCAGAACCGUGAACGACUCCUCUCUGGAAACAUUCAGAUAUCAUCAUCCACCCCUGAUAGCGCAGACUUUGUGAACUCCAUCAGUCUGCGUGUUGACAUUGGCCUUCAGAACCCAGACGCCAACCCUGUCCUUGAUGUUUUCUCUCAGACUGCAUGGGACUUCUCUCUCCCCUUCGCCAUAGACUGUGGUUCUGAUGACGUGUGUGUUAGUGAUCUGGUGCUCAGCGUGAAGACGGGGACAGAGGUACCCAGUGCUGGCUCUGUGCUGGUUAGUUGUAACAACAGAGAGAUCUCCUUUGAGGUACUAGUGAAGAACAACAAGGAGAAUGCGUACAGCGCUCAGAUCUUGGUCACAUACUCCAAGAACCUCUUCUAUGCUUCCGUAACAUCUCCAAGUGAUGGGAAAGAGGUGAAGUGCACAUCUACGACACAAAGUGGCGAGCUAGCCUGUCAGGUGGGAUACCCUGCCUUAGAGAAGGACCAGGAGGUGAAAUUUUGGGUCAACUUUGACUUCAACUUUAACCAUUUGCAGAGCCAAGCAAUAGUUCAUUUUCAGGCCAAAAGUGACGGUAAAGAGGAAAGUCCAGCAGACAAUAGAGUGGAUAUCACCAUUCCUGUUCGUUAUGACGCUGAGAUCAUUAUGACCAGGGAAUCCAACAUCAACUUCUAUGUGGUGGAUGAGACCAAGAAGGUGCAGACAAGUGUAAAAACGUUAGAUGACAUUGGGCCUGAGUUUAACUUCUCCCUCAGGAUUUCCACAGGUAACUUCCCAGUCAGGUUGUUGUACCUGACCAUCUCCCUGCCUGUCAGCACGCCAGGGGGGAACCCACUUCUCUACGUUACAGGCCUGAACACACCAACGGGAGGCUCAGUGAGCUGUGACAGUGCCCUGGUCGAUCCACUGAAGAUUGGAGCCAAACCCCACAAAGCCUUUUUCUCCAUGGAGAGCCUCAGAGGCAUGCACAGACUGGACUGCUGGAACGUGAAGUGCCAGGCGGUCAAAUGCAUCAUUAAAGACAUGAGAGUGAAAGAUGUCUACUUUGUGAACGUCACAACGAGAAUCUGGAAUGGCACUUUCGCUUCUGCAACCUUCCAGACUAUUGAGCUGACUGCAAACACAGAGAUAGUCACUUCUCAGCCCGAUCUACUCAUCAUCGCCCACAAGAAGAUGCCGGUGGGGGUAACAGUCAGUAAACCAGGGGAGACAGCAGAUGUACCUGUGGGGGUGAUCGUGGGCAGUGUGAUCGGAGGUCUGCUCCUACUGGCUCUGGUGGUGCGGCUGCUGUGGAAGUUUGGCUUCUUCCAGAGAAAGUACAAGCAGCUACAAGAGGUGGCAGGUUACAGAGAGGAGAACGGGACAGAUUGACGGACGGACGGAGAAGACAGAGGACACAGGGCACACAAAUCAAAAUAACAUUUCUCAUAUUGUUUCUCACAGUGAGACACAUGAGAAGUGGCUGUGCCCAACUCGCAAGACUAUUUGGUUUACCAGACAACGAUUAAGCCUAUAGUCCUGGACAAAACCGCUGAUAGGCAGUUGAGAGAAUGUUUUUGAUUCGUUUUGUCUGAUAUGUCCUCUCUGGGAUCGUACAGCAGCAGUUUAGCUAUCAUGCGCUGAAUUGGAGUAAAUGCAAUGAAGGUUAUUUUAUCAUAAACAUGUUUAACCCAUGAAAUACAAUAACACUGUGGAUACCUUUUUUGGGGGACAAUUAACUAUGUUAGAAUAGAUGUUUUCGUAACUUAUUCAUGAGGUGGAAAAGUUUCAACAAAAAAAUGUUUUACGUUUUAAAAAGUAAGAAGAAUGUUAACAUUUUUACGUUUAUGUAAAAUAAAAUAAAAAUACAAGUGAUAGUGAUAUAUUUAUACAUGCCGUAAUGAGACUACAGUUCAAAGGAACAUCAUGUUGGCUAUGUGUGUUAGACUAGGUGCUCAAACUGCAGUCCAAAUCAGCGGGUAGUUUUUGUUACCCAGUUGUGAGAUGUCAUUUUGCCAAC